CUCACACACAGUCACUCACUCACUCUCUCAUCCUUCAUCUCCCUCUUCCGCUCUAUACCUACCUUACUACAUUGCACACUUUCAUCACCCGCCCGCACCUUAGGUCAUGUUAGGUUAGGUGAUCUUUCUCUAUUUCCUCAAUCGCCCACCUACUACAGAUUUCGAUUCCUUAGCCUGUCUCCCCCAUCUAGCACUUUACCCCUUCUACCUCCUUAUAUCCCUAACAGAUGCGUGAUCCGUCUGGUCCCAGUGCGCGCACCGAAACAGUUGGCCCUCCUGCGGCAGAGAACGAAUCAGGAUAGGGACCGUUUCUGGGCCUCCUUGCCCGUCCCAUCUCAACCUAUCCCAUCUCAUCCCGAUCCUGAUCCUGAUCCUGUCCUGUGCCCUGUGUGUGCCUGUCUCCCCGUCGCACGUCGCACUACUCUCUCUCCUCGCCGCACCAGUACAUACACACAGUUCUCUCUGCCGAUACCACUAUUACCGCUACGAAUACUUCGUACAGCUUGAGCCCUGAGGUAGCCCAUGCAGGCCUGGUGCUGCUCUCUCUGGAGUCUGCCUCACCUCAUCCACUUCACCUUACGCAUACCGGUACACCACCUCACCUACUUACCCUGGGCUGUUGGAUUCGUACCGUACGGAUCCCCAAAGCUGGGUGGCCCUGACCUGAUUGAGGAGCUCCUGCGCUGCCUCUCUGCUGCCACCACCCAUCACCGCCCGCCCACCAACGCCUUGUCUGUGUCGCCGCGCCCUCUGGGUAUCAUCCUUGACCGGGCCCCCAAAAUCUCCUAUUCCAUUCAGCUACCCGGGGAAUAAAAAAAGAGAGAGGCACAUUAUUAAUUUCCUACCAUGGGCCGGAAGCAUGCACCACAGCCGCUGACGCUGUCUGAAUCUCAAGCCUCCUCCGACCAGCCUGAAGACGUGCCGCGCUCUGCUGAAACCCUCGCCUCUGCCGUUCCUCCAAGCGCUGGCUCUAAAUCGCAAUCCUCUCCCAGAUCUCCGCGCUCUCCCUUUAGGUUCACUCCGAAAAGGCCCAGCGCAAGUGGCAAGCAGUCUCUUCAGUUGACCGACGAGCAUCGAAACUUUCAAGACCAAGACGACGACGAAGACCUCGAACAGUAUCAAGCCAUCUCCUCCGCCCUCCACCGCGCCUCCGAAGACACGCCCCCUCGCCAGCAUCAUCAGCACAACCCCAUCAGCCCUCGUCAACAACAGCACCGCCCCGACGAGCCAUCCCGAAGACCCUCCAAAGCCGCCGGCUUUUUCUUCAACUUCACAAAGUCUGCCAACAAAUCGUCCCAUUCUCUCGUCUCCCCCGCGCAGUCGCCCUCACACCCUCAGCGCCAGCACCAGCAACACCAACAGAGCCCAAUCCAGUACCCUGACUCGAGAGGCGAAAGUAUGUCGAGGGGCCCCGACAAUGCUCCUCCCAUGAGCAACCAACCCACCCAACCUUUAGCAGAUCCGUCCUAUGCUGAGCACUCCGUCCAAAAGCCCGCACCCACCCUGCCGUCCCGCUCCGACGUGUCUUUAGCCUCUGCUGCCGACUACGAUACUUCUCCCGCCCAACCCUCCUCGUCCAAGAAGUCCAAAUCGAAGCCAUUUGGUCUUCUGAGCCGCAGCAAGUCGCUUCGCGACAAGGACGGCUCAAGCUCUCGAGACAAGCAACCCAGCCCGGUGCCCGUAUCGAUUGUCGAACCCGAACCGUCGCAUACCUCGACGAGCCGUAACCACUCGCUCAACAACACCAGCACUGGACCCGAAAGGUCUGCUAGAGAAAUGGUGAACUCUACCGGGCGGAAUCGCUCUGAAGACCGCGCGUCGCCCCGGGAAAUGAGCCACAAGGACAAUCAUAGGGAAAAGGACCACCACCCUCGGCAAAACUCGUCUUCACAAAAUGGAGGCUUUUUCGGAGGACUGAAGAGUGGCAGAGACAUUAUUAGCAACCGGUUAUUUGGCAAGGGUGGUCGUAGUGGAAGCACGACGGAGAGGGAGCCUGUCAUCGACGAUGAGCACUAUACGCUCAAGACAAUCAACCUACCUCUGGUCGAGCAGACGCGUCGCACACGCAUCUCGAAGCGCUUGGAGGAUUCAAGAGACAAGACGGAGUUUUGGAUGCCCGCGUUCCCGUGGCGCGCGAUCGACUACUUGAACUAUAAGGGUUGUGAUGUGGAAGGCUUGUACCGUGUGCCUGGCAGCGGGCCGCAAAUCAAGAAAUGGCAGAGGAAGUUUGAUGAAGAGUACGAUGUAAACCUCUUCGAACAGCCGGACCUCUACGACAUCAACAUUAUAGGCUCCAUGCUCAAGGCUUGGCUGAGAGAGCUUCCCGAUGAACUAUUCCCGAAGGCAGCCCAGGAACGAGUUGCGAGAGAAUGCGCCGGCUACGAAACUGUGCCCCCACUAUUGGUCGAAGAGCUGUCGAACCUCUCGCCAUUCAACUACUACCUUCUUUUCGCAAUCACCUGCCACCUCAGUUUGCUCCUGGCGCAUUCCGACAAGAAUAAGAUGGAUUUUAGGAAUCUCUGCAUUUGCUUCCAGCCAUGCAUGAAGAUUGACGCAUUCUGUUUCAGAUUCUUGGUGUGCGACUGGCGCGACUGCUGGAAGGGCUGCAAGAACGAGGCAAAGUUCAUUGAGCAGGAAUAUCAACUAUUCGAUCAGCCACCCCCAAAAGGCCUCUCGGAACCGCGCAAGCCCUCCCGUGAGACGAGCGAGGAGCCUGCAGCCCCCGUAGCGCAGGAAGAACCCACUCCUGUGACGUUGGACGAUCGCGCGGCAUCGUUUUCGGAAAGCAGUAAGCAGUCCAGCGUUGUCACUGAGCAGCAGGCCAAGGAGAAAGACAGACGGCUAAAAAAAAAGCCCAUCCAACUUUCUGAGUCAAACGGCAGCGUCGCAUCCAACUCGACGAUGGGUACGACGCUGACGAUUGACAGCGGCCGUGAGCCACGGGGCUCGAAUGACUUGCGGCCCUUGUCACCCAUCAAACCUCUUUCACCACUCGGCUUCUGAAACACCAUUUUGAGUAUCCUUUAGUUUCUUUCUUCCUCGAAUACCCAGGCGGAACUCGUGUGUAUAGGGAACACUUCAGCAUCACCAACAACAACAUCACUGACGACAUUCACGCCACUGACGACUUCCGUUCUUCCUAUUCCGAGCGUCUCUCCCUGCCCCGGUCCUGUGCCAAGCCUAUAUCGGAUGUCAUCAAAAGUCAUGGCAUGAACGGAUGACUUUGAACAACAGACCGGGUGCCUCUUCAUUUGCGACACAGCAUUAUGCUAUUUGGUAUACCCCCAGGGCAUCGAACCGUAUCACAAAAGCCGUCGAUUUUACCGUUUCCAGGAAACUGUGUUGGCCGAGCUCUCAUCGACAUGCAGGUUCUUGGCAACCAGAGCUAGAUCAAGUGUGGCAAUCACCAGUAGUAGCUCUAGGUUUGGGUACCUAAUUUUUUCUUCCUUCUUUUGCUUUGGUGAGGUGCCGCGGAUAUAGCGUGGUUUGGUCUUUAGUAGCAUCGUAGGAAUUGGGUGAGCGAGGAGCAUUCACGAGAUGCUGGAUGGGGGACGGGUGACGAUUCAUAGGGCCACGAACAACAUGACUGCAGGGGUCGGUGGAAUCUCUGUACAAUAUAGGACUCUUGUAUGUAGGACAAAGGGGAUGCGCGCGGCGACAGCCACGUCAUAUGCUCCCCCAUUUUGCAAAACAAAAUCGGAG